AGUAGAUUCAGGGGCCACCCGCAGCUAUAUUAGUAAGAAAGCGCUGCAAAAGUUGAAGCUGGGACUUAAAGUCCAAAAGUUAGCAGACCCAAUAGUUAGUAUCCUCGCGGACAAUUGUACUAUGGUUGUGGAGGAUUACGUAGAGGGAGUCCAGGCAUAUUUUCGCCUAGAGAAAGAUAGGAAAGUGGAGAAGGUCCUCCAGUCUCUGACUCUCCUCGUAGAAGACAGCCUCCCAUUUGAUAUUGUCCUGGGAAUGGAUUGGGGAGAAGCAGCUGGGGCCACGCUCCAUUUGAAGGAGCACGAGUGUAGGCUCCCUAGUUCGGCAGGCGAGGCCAAGAUUGCCCGCCUGUUCCAUGAGUCAGGCGUAGAGAAUUUCUUGGCGCAUUGCUGCCUUAGUGCCCCCGCGUUCGCCAGACUGGUGAAAAAGGAGAAACUGGAGGAACAGGUUUUCGUUGCCUAUGUUAGGCCAGUGACUGAGCGUACGGAGGAGAAGCCGAUGGACCCUGCGAUUGCCAAGCUGCUGGAAGGGUUUAAGGGUUUGACUGAGCCGCCGACACCAAAGAAGUUCAUGAGCAACUUCUCCACCAUCGCUUCGCCCCUUCGCAGAUUGCUGAGAAAAAAGACAAUCUGCAAGUGGGACAAGGACUGCACGUCUGCUAUGAAGAAAUUGAAGCAGGCGUUGAUAGAGUAUCCGGUCCUUAAGGUUGCCGAUCCGUCCUUGCCUUUUGUCGUUACUACGGAUGCUAGCCAGUACGGCAUAGGCGCGGUGUUACAUCAAGACGAUGGCGAUGGAUAUAGACCCGUAGAGUUCAUGUCUGCCAGGAUGCCUUCGGAGAAGGUCGCGACAUCUACCUAUGAGAGGGAAUUCUACGCUCUCAGGCAAGCGUUAGACCACUGGAAGCACUACUUGCUUGGGAGGCACUUCAAAGUCUACUCAGACCACGAGACAUUGAGAUGGUUAAAGUCGCAGGCGAAGAUGACACCUAAGCUUACUAGGUGGGCCGCCGAGAUAGAUCAGUAUGACUUUGAGCUCAAGCCUGUCAAAGGGAAGCUGUCGAAGUCGGAGACGAGAAGAAAAUUUGCAAGUUGUCAGAGAAUGCUUCUCUACACCUCUUGUCCAAAGUCGUUUAAUCCCCAGCCUGCUACUCCGAUGCUUUCGACACUCCUCGGCUGCGCCGUCGAUCUCGCUUCGAAAUUUGAUUUGCUAGCAAGGUGCAGCAGUGACGACAGCUACAAUGACACGGCUCGCCUGCGCUUGAUAUGUAGCUACCGGAAGGAUGACAACAUGACAAUGUCAUGUGAAUCUGGAUUCAGCUUCAGCACGUCGCAGUGCUCUCCCGACUCCAAACCUAACGACAAUGGACAAUUCUGUGACAACUUGUUGGUCGACUACACACAAAUACGUCUUAGGUUGCCGAAUGUGGAUGAUUUAAAAUAUCACCGCUUUGUGCCAGAGACUAUAUUUCAGGAUGUAUGCCUCCAAGGCUCCUUGGCGGAGACCCUCAAAGCCUCACUGAAUCGGUUGGAAUAUCUCCGUUCAGGUCUAGUGUAUUUUGGGAGCAUAACUGGUGUAUUCGUCAACUUCCCUGGCUUGAUUGUGAGAGGGUGGUUUAUCGAUCCUAGGACUUCAAGCAAGAGGCGCCAGAAAAGUUACCACCGCGAUAACUGGGGAACGUGCCAUUUCACACAGCCGAAGUACUGCAAGGCUGCGGGGAUGAGAGUUCUCGCGGAUCUCUGGAACAACAUUGACUACAAGUUUGUGGACAGCACUGCUCAGCGGGUGCAGAGGUGGAUGGCUGAGGAGGGGAUACGCGAUACGAGAGCGCCCGCGGGUGGGCAGCGGCCACGGACGGACGACGCAGAGAGGGACGAGGUUCAGGACAUCCUAGAUGAGCAGGAGGGGGGCAAGGGUGGGGUUGGCGAGGCGGGGAUGCGAGACGACGUAGUCAGAGGCCCUUACCUGCCAGGGGAGGAGGUAGUGAUGACGUCGAGCGGGGUUGGGCCAGCGGGUCACGCUGCGAGGGUGUCACGACCUGAGUUGGACAGCGCAAGGAGGGAGAAGAGGAAAGUGGAGGAGGAGGACAUCGACGUGGGGGACACGACGGGACAGACGACGAUCGAGGAGAUGUACGACAAGGAGAAGUUGGCCGAGUUCUCAGACGCGUGGCUGCAGUGGAUCUAUGCGAAGGGGUUGCCAUUCAACGCCUUCCGAGGGUCGGAGUUCCAGAGGGUUCACCGGGCGGCAGAGAGAGUACCCCGCGCAGUUCGGUUCCAGUUUCCCUCGUACAGGGUUACAACGGGCGUCGGGAUCCCUUCGCAGAGGACGAAGGUAGCGUCGAUGGUGAGCGAGGUGCUCUCCGCUUUCCAACACACCGGUGCCACCAUCCUCUCGGACGGAAGGAAGUCGCGUAGUGGCAAGCCGCUCGUGAACUUCCUGGCCAGGGGCGCGAACAGCGCCUUGCUGUACGCCACCGUCUCACGUGACGGGUCUGUCUGUGAUACGGCGGAUAUCGUGCAUCGCAGGUGGCGGUCCAUCAUCCUGUCCGUUCCUGCAAAGAACGUGAUCGGCUUCUCCGCCAGUAACUAUAUGGUGGCGGCCCGCAGAUUCGCCACAGACCUUGACGCGGAUAUUAGGAGGAUCACUUGGCUUCCUUGCUCCACCCACGUCUGCAACUUGAUGUUGUCAGAUGUAGGGACGCGAGUGGGUUGGGUCAAGGAGACCAUCAUCCGUGUCCGACCGUUAGUGCGAUUUAUUAAGUCCCACGGCGCUGCUCACGCACUUUUCAGGAAGAUGAGCCCUCGCGUCAUGCUCGUCGAGCCCGUUGAGACCCGGUUUGCAUCGGUUUUCCUGAUGCUGACGUGUCUCAAAGGCCGGCGGGACGCGCUGGAGAGCAUGCUGCACGGCGAUGUGUGGGCACGCAUCCCGUGGGAGCACAGGCUUCUCCCCCAGGCGCAGUGGGUGCAGCAGCAGAUCCGCGACGGGGAGCUCUGGCGAUGUGUUGACUGUGCCAUCCUCGUUAUGGCCCCCAUCCACCAGCUACUGAGGAGGAUGGAUAGGGGGGGGAUAAUGAUGUCCAUCGUGUACGAGUGGAGUCAGCAUCUGAUCGAGUUUAUGAGGAGGGUGGAUGUGUCGGCGGACAUGGUCGAGCCGUGCGUGCGUGAGGUUGCCAUCCGCAACCUCCACAUGCUCGAGCCCGGACAUGCCGCGGCACACCUCCUCAACCCUCGUCGACGAUCCCUUCGAUAUUAUGAGUCAUUGCAGACGACCAGUGACGACGCCCGUGUGGUCGAGGAGUGCGACAGAUUUCUGCUCGCGCAGACCGGCGGCGAUCCAGUCGGCAGACUAGAGCGGACGCAUGAUAGCGAGGACCGUGAGGGGGUGAGGCCUGUGGACAUGCCGGACGUGGAGAGGACUCCAUUCGGCGCUGUUCUCCUCCCCCGCUCGCCGUCAGAGCUCCGUACCGACGACUUUGACGUCGGGGGAUCAGGUGGGGGCUUGGGGGAUUUUAGUGCCCUGAGACAGGGCAGUGCCUCGCCGUCGGAGCUCCGUACAGACAACUUCGAUGUGUGGGACCGUGAGGAGACUGCGGAGGAGCGGGAUGCCCGACUGGACAGAGAGGAGGAGGAGCGGCUGCAGACUUUGCCGGGAUGGGAGGGUCGGUUUGCGUAUCUGGAGGAGCAGCGUCGACUGAGGGAGUUGGAGACAGGGGGGGUGGCGGCGGUGACGCUGACGACGUGGGUGUCCGUGGGGAGGUUGUUCUGGGAGAGGUCCGAGAGGGUGUUGUCGGAGAGGAUAUCGACGUGGGUGGCAGGGGAGAGGGUGUCCCCGCGGCUGAUGAGGGACAGGGUGUCGCUGCGGGUGGUGGGGGAGAGGGUGGACCUGGUGGAGAUGUCGACGGCAACCAUCGCGGCGAGGACGAUGACGGCUCAUCGACGAGUCACGGACCGGCUGAGGGCGGAUUACGACGCCGGGAGGGGCGCCUUCGCAGGACGUUUGUCACCACAGAGUCAGGCUGCGGAGGGUGGCUCCGGACGUCCGAGCCUUCACAUGGCAGGCCGCAUGCUCGAUUUGUCACGAUCGGCGACGAAGAGAUCGUUGGUCCUCCCAGCCGCAGGGACAUCAACGGACAUGCAGCUGGGACAACACUACACAUCGGGCGAGGAGGGGUUGGUGAUGUGUCGUGGGACUAGACGACACAGCGCCAUCACAGAGGUUAAGGCUCGACUCGUAGCAGAGAUCGAAGCCGACCAGGCUGCAUUGGACGCGAUUCAGAGGCAGCGAGAGACGAUUGCUGCAGAGGAGGCCGAGGACGAGGACGCUGACACAGAKUCUGAGCCGAUCGACAGUGCGGUCCGCAGACACAGAUCGGUCGUGGCCGCGGCAGCCGCAGCAGCACAGGCGGCAUACAUCAGCGGUGCACAGGGCACAGGUGCUGGAGGCAGUGGAGGGGGCCCGGAUGGAGUGCAAAUGGAGGUGGACGUUGCUCUUCCUCGUGGACGUGCGCGAAUGGAGGGAUGUGAUGGGGGUGGGCGUGCUGUGCUGUCGUCGACGGAGAGGACAGCUGUCGCGGCGGCAGCCGUUGCUGUAGUCCAUCGAUACGAAGCGGAGAGGGCGGCGGGCCGCAUGAAGGCAGCGCUUUCGAGGCGGCGACACAGGCUUUUGCUGCAGAGGGUGUUGGACGCCCCAGACUGCAUCACGACUUCGGAGGCCGUGGUUCAGCUGUGCGCUGCAAUCGGCUCCGGUGUGCUUCCCAGGGCGACGCCACGUUGGUGGAUGAGGCGGAGAACUGGCGGGACUUGGGAGGAUUUGCGGGUGUGCGACGACGCGACGGAUGACUACUUCCGGGAAAAGUUCCGCGUCACGUUCUACAGGGAGCCGCUUCAGCCGGAUCAGAUCGUCGCGUAUACGCUGUAUAGGUGGGAAACAGGAGAGUCGUACGACAACAGCACAUCAUCGUUCGGCAUUGGCAAAGCAUCCGGAGUUCGAGCCGUGCGCGAUGUGACAGCUGCGUUGCUAUGGGUCUACGGGGACAGGAUAUCGUGGCCGAUAGGGGUGCGUAAACACGUGGUGCUACGGGCGUUUCAAGACAAGGGCUUUCCCAACUGCCAUGGUGCAGUUGACUGCAAACACAUCUACGUGGACAAACCGGCGAACGCUCCGAGCGAGAACUACUUCGACCGCAAUCACCGUUUCUCCGUCGUUGCGCAGGUGGUGGUGGACCAGGAUCUGCGUGUGCUUGACGUCUUCGUUGGCUACCCAGGCAGCUGCCACGACAUUCGGGUGAUUCAGCUGUCAAGUCUGUCGAGGCGCGCGGAAGAGAGAACGCUUUUUCGCGGGCCGCCUGUGACGCUGCCGGGAGGGGUGAGGACGAACGGAUACAUCUUGGGCGACAACGGGUAUCCUCCUUCGGAAUGGAUAGUGGUGYCGUACGGARGAAUCAAUCAGCACCCGGACGAGGAAAGGUUCGACAACAAACARAAGGUCGCUAGAGGUGCUGUGGAGAGGGCGUUCGGGAGGUUGAAGGGGAUGUGGAGGCUCUUCCUGCGGUCGCACAAGACGAACUUGGACACUCUACCGCAGCAGUUCACGGCCGUCUGCAUUCUCCACAACAUCCUGCUCGAUGCUGGGAUUGAGUUCGACGAGAACUUGUUGUGGGAGGUCGACGAGAACGGGGUGAGGCGGCGAGUGGACCUGGGGAUUCAUCGUCCACCGCAGCCAGUGACGAUGCUGACAUCGACGGACGCCGCACACGCGCUCCGCAAUGCCCUUGCGGAGCAGAUGAAACACAUCUGAUCGUGCGUGUCGUGCCACUCCGCCUCGCGUGCAUAGACAGAAGCCGUGUGCGUCUGUCGUCGAGUCGCAGCGCUUGCGUC